AUGAACCUCUCUGCUUCUUGUGUUCGAUGUGACCUCCAAGAUGAAACAUUCCUUCAUUGCAUCCGAGACUGUGUCUGGUUGUCUUGGAGACACCGCAAUUUGAUGAGCCUCAAUAACGAAACUUGGUCCUUAAGCCGACUCUCCUUUAACAUCAGGUCUAUGGUUGAAACUUUCAAGAAUUGCUUCACUAUUAGUUCUAAUGGUGGUUCAGUUGAUAGAUUUAUCAAGUGGAAUAACAACAAUUUCUCUUGUACCAUUCUUAAUGUUGACGGAAGCUGUCUCGGUUCCCCUGCUCGAUCAGGUUUUGGUGGAAUCAUUAGAAACACUUUUGGUCAUUAUUUGGCAGGGUUUUCUGGUUACAUUCAAGGGUCUUCUGAUAUCUUGUAUUCUGAACUUAAUGCUGUCUACAAGGGCCUCUUGUUGGCCAUAAACAUGGGCAUUGACGAACUUGUCUGCUAUUCAGAUUCUUUACACUGUAUUAACCUCAUAAAAGGUCCCCAAGUUAAGUUUCAUAUGCAUGCAGUUUUGAUCCAGGACAUAAAGGAUUUGAUUUCCCAAAGUAAUGUUUCCCUUUGUCACACUCUUAAAGAAGGUAAUCAAUGCGCAGACUUCUUCGCAAAAUUAGGAACCUCCUCGGAUGCUGAUUUCACUAGCCAUGACUAG